AUGCGAGAUAUGAGUCCCUGCCUCGAGGAGGACAACUACGAUGCCCCUGCUUUGGCGGUUGUGGGCUUCGCGUUUGAGUUCCCUCAGGAUGCAACAACCAGUGAUAGACUCUGGGAGAUGAUCUCCAAGGGUCGAUCUGCUAGCACAGACUUUCCCCAGGAUCGAAUGAACAUUGAUGCCUUCUACCAUCCCUCCCAGGAGCGGCCAAGCACGAUUCCCGUGCGUGGAGGCAAUUUUAUCCGCGAAGAACUAGGAGCCUUUGACGCUCCUUUUUUCUCGAUUACGCCGGGAGAGGCCGCGUGUAUGGAUCCACAGCAUCGGCGAAUGUUGGAAACGACAUACCGCGCACUGGAAGAUGCGGGAAUCCCGAUUCAAAAAUGCUCGGGGUCAGACACGGCCGUCUAUACUGGUUGUUUUACCAAUGACUACAUCAAUCUAUUGCAACAGGACUUUGAGUUGGACCAGACGCACGCUGCGAUGGGCAUCGCCCCCUCGAUGCUUGCGAACCGGGUCAGCUGGUUCUUCAACCUCAAAGGAACCUCAAUGAACCUGGACUCGGCGUGCUCCAGCAGCCUGAUUGCCCUACAUCUAGCGGCGCAGGAGUUGCACGCAGGUAACUGUUCUAUGGCACUGGUAGGAGGCGCCAAUUUAGUCUACCACCCGAAUUUCAUGAAGAUCAUGUCGGCCUUCAACUUCCUCUCUCCUGAUAGCCGUAGCUGGAGCUUCGACAGUCGCGCAAACGGCUAUGCGCGCGGCGAGGGUCUGGUGAUGCUAGUACUUAAGCGAGUCGCGGAUGCGCUGCGAGACGGUGAUUGCAUCCGGGCUGUCAUCCGCAACACAGGGUCCAAUCAAGACGGUAGAACCCCCGGCAUUACCCAGCCAAGUCUGCAGUCGCAGCUGGACCUCAUCAAGCAUACCUACCGGCAGGCUGGGAUCUCUAUGACACCUACCCGCUUCUUUGAGGCCCAUGGACCGGGAACGCCGGUUGGCGACCCCAUCGAAGCAAACGCUAUCGGGCAAGCAUUUGCAGGCCAUUGUACGAGAGAGGAUCCACUCUAUAUUGGCUCUAUCAAAGCCAAUAUCGGUCACUUGGAGGGCGCUAGCGGACUGGCAGGGUUGGUCAAGACUAUUCUUGUCCUCGAACACGGGGUGAUCCCUCCCAUUGCUGGGUUCGAAUCCCUCAAUCCGCGCAUUGAUGCUGCGAAAUUGUGCCUGGAGUUCCCGAAAGAAGCUGUCCCUUGGCCGUCGACUGGCCCACGUCGUGCUUGCGUAAACUCGUUUGGUUUUGGCGGUACCAAUGCCACUGUCAUCCUUGAUGACGCUUACCAUUACCUUGAGCACAAUGGGCUGAAGGGCUUUCACCGGACUCGACCGUUACCUCCGAUAAAGACGCCAUCUGCACCGAAUGAGUCAGAAGAUGACCUUGAAUUGCCGAGAGAUGUCUCUGUAUUGCGACUCCCGAGGCUACUUGUCUGGUCCGCGGCAGACAGGUCUGCAGCAGAGAAGCUUGGUGCAUCCUAUCACGAAUAUGUACGCCAGCAUCCGGGAGACAUGGCUGAUGUAGCGUAUACCUUGGCUGCAAGACGAAGUCAACUUACCUGGCGAGGAUUCGCCGUCACUGGCCUUGAUAAUCUUACCCCCGAGAUCACGAGUCAACAAACGCCCUUGCGAUCUCGGGACGGGGCUCGACUGGCGUUUGUGUUCACAGGUCAGGGAGCCCAAUACUUGGGUAUGGGCCGCGAGCUACUAGCUCAGCCAAUGUUCCUUGAGAUUGUGAGCCUCCUGGAUGCCGAUUUGCGAUCUCUUGGUUGUCCGUGGUCUCUGAAAUGGCUUCUCGAAGCGGCCGAAAGUGAAACACCCAUCCACCAGCCGGAAUACAGCCAGCCCGCAACGACAUGUCUCCAGAUUGCACUGGUCGAUCUUCUGGAGAGACUUGGCGUGACCGCGACUCUGGUCUUGGGCCAUUCAUCUGGAGAGAUUGCGGCGGCAUAUACCGCAGGUGCUUUGUCGCGCUCGGCGGCUGUUAAGGUUGCCUACUACAGGGGCCUGCUGUCGUCACAGCUGGCCCGGCAGAAGACCGAUCUGUCAAUGAUGGCUGUGGGUAUAUCUCAGAGCAAAGUUCAGGUUUACCUGGACCGACUCCAUCAACUUGAGGGGACAAUAGAGGUGGAGAUUGGUUGUGUCAAUAGCCCGAAUGCUAUCACACUGACCGGCGCGGUCGACCAGCUUGGCACUCUGCAGCAGUGGCUGGAGGCUGACGGUGUAUUCGCCAGAAGAUUGCGAGUUCCAACCGCCUAUCACUCGAGUGCAAUGAAAGCAAUUGUCCAAGACUAUCGUCUGGCGAUGGGCGAUCUGGCUCGUAGACCCGAGUCAACAUCCAUUCCCAUGAUAUCGUCCGUUACAGAAGACGUCGUUACCAAUACAAUGCUGGCCAGCGCGGACUACUGGGUCCGCAAUCUGAUCUCCACAGUCAAAUUUGAAGGAGCCUUGUCGCGGCUCCUGCUCUUGACGCAAAAGAGGAAGCAAUCUCGAAAGCAAUUGGGGCGCAGGCUUCCCGUGGACCUGGGCAUCACUCAUCUUCUCGAGAUCGGUCCCCACAACGCCCUGCAGGGACCAAUCUCGGAGACGAUCCGGGCUUCUCCGGUCUCGGACAAACCGCUGUACAUGUCCCUGCUGGAGCGAAAGCAGGAUGCCUACCUAUCUCUACUCAAGACAGCAGGGCAGCUGUUCUGUGCGGGCCACGCAGUCGACAUCCUCCGUGUGAAUGGACUGGAGGACAUCCCGCGGCCAAUGCCCUCCAACCUACCUCCCUAUCCUUUCAAUCAUCAGCGCAGUUAUUGGAAAGAAGGCCGUCUUAGCAAAAACUUCCGAUUCCCGCCCGUCCCGCGGCAUGAUCUAUUGGGGAGGCGCAGUCUAGACUGGAACCCUCAGGUGGCUCAAUGGCGCAAUGUGGUGCGCCUGGCCGAGUUGCCGUGGCUACGGGACCAUACUAUCGAUGGCCAAAUCAUCUUCCCGGGUACGGGCAUGGUGAUAAUGGCGGUGGAGGCCUUGCGUCAAUUGCCAUGGGCUGAGUCCGAUCUCACGAGCAUUGAGAUCAGAGACGCACAUUUCUUGCAUGCGAUCCGCUUUCCGGAGGGAUCGGAGCAGCUUGAAACUCAACUGACACUGACCACCGAAUGGGCGAAAGAGUCGACAGAAAACCCAUGGUCGCAGUUCAGACUGUUUACCAUUGAAGGUGAUAGCUAUAUCGAGUGCUGCCGAGGACUCAUUCGAGGCUCUACUGAUCGUGAGCUCCAGGCGCGACAGCUGCCCUUCUCCAGUGGCACUUCUUUCCAGGAUUGGGUCACCGCACUGUCCUCUGCUUGCCAGUCGUCCCAGGACGCUUAUGAGAACCCCACGGGGAGCUCGGUUCAUGAUAAGUGGACGCCGCAAUACACGGUCCACCCGGUCACAAUGGAUGGGCUGGCACAGCUGGUCGUGCCGGCCUUGGCUCAUGAGUGCGACGAUCUACCUACAAUGGUUCCUGUUCGAGCGGCAAGUAUCUGGAUCAAUCUCCGGGGCCCGUCCAUCAGGCGCAGUAAUCGAGGCGCCAAAGCGGACGUUGUCGGCACUAGCUUGGAUGGCAGGCGCCUAGCUCUAUACAUCGAAGGCCUUGAGACGACCUUUAUCAGCGAGGCUUCUGCCGGGGCGGGUCAGGGCUCGGAAGCGGAUAUUGAUAUGCUAAGCGGCGAACAACUACUGGAAGAGCGCCACGAAUCGCUGCAGUUAGCAAUUCACCUCGAUUUGUCUAUCCCCUUAUAUCUCCGGCGCUAUGUCGACUGGAUGCGAUACCAACGAGAUCGUCUUUAUGACAGCCUCCUCGCAACCGCAAAUGGAUCUAUCCUUCGCGAUCAAUCGGCACGAAACCAGCUAGUUCUGGACAUCGAAAAGACUGGCAUCGAAGGCUACUUCUUCAUGCAUGUUGGCCGGAAUCUGAUUGCCAUCCUGUCGGGAGACACUGAUCCACUCGAUUACUACGAGCAGAUGCUUGCGAAUGAACACCACGCCUACCCGAUAUCCCGGUAUUUAGAUCUCGAAUGCUUCAAGAACCCCUCGUUGAAGAUUUUGGAAGUCGGGGCUGGGACCGGAGGCCAGACGCUAUGCGCGCUGCAAAGCCUUAGCUCCGAGGGGGUCCAGAAGUGCGCCCAGUAUGAUUACACCGAUAUCUCACCGGCCUUCUUCCCUCAGGCCCGGGAAAAGUUCCAAGAUUUUCUCGAUAUCAUGCGGUUCCAGACUUGUGAUAUCUCCAGGGAUCCAGUAUCUCAGUCCUUUGAACAGGGAAGCUAUGAUCUCGUACUGGCUUCCCAUGUACUGCACGCCACAGACAGAUUAGAUGUCUCUCUGCAGAACAUCAAGAAGCUUCUCAAACCGGGAGGAAAGCUGCUCUUGAUUCCUUUCGCGUUUGGGCUUCUGAAGGGAUGCCCAUGUCUGACCUUGUCUCAGUGGGACGAAUGCCUCAAGAGGAAUGGCUUUUCUGGCAUCGAAAUCGAGAUCCCCGGCCAAGAAUUCCCGGCCUGUCAAUACAGCAGCAUCAUCAUCUCGAGCGCCACAGCCGAGGAUAACGAGGUACCUGUUAGCACAGAGGAUCUGGUCGUGGUUCGUGACCCAACCCGGGCGUACCAGUGCGACGUUGCAGCCACCAUUACAGCUGACCAGCAUGCACGGAUCUGUACACUGGACGAGGCGGCUCAGCUCAGCAUCGAACCGGCCACAUUGAUCGUCAUCCUUCUGGAACUGGAAGCCAUUCUCUUGGCUGGUCUUCACGCCACCACUUAUACGCUGUUGCAGAGAGUCAUGACCCAGGCCAAAAAUGUUCUCUGGGUCACGCGACCUCUUGUUGAGGGAGAGCACCCACCACAACAUUCUCUGGUGGAGGGUUUUGGUCGGACCCUCGCAUCAGAGGAUUCGGCUCGAAAGUUCGUCACCCUCGCACUGUCUGGCCAUGAAACGGCGGACCAGGCUGUCCGAACGAUUCGACAAUUGAUGUCGCAGAUGACCAGACAGCCAAUCGACAUGAUGGAAACCAACUUCUCAGCCUCGGACGGUAUUUUGAAGAUCCCCCGUGUCUCGCAAAAUGAGCACAUGAACAAGAUAAUCCAUCAAUAUACUCGGGAUCGCAGGGAUGAGCAAUGGGGUCUCCAUAGGGAGCUUGGCUCCACUCAUCGAGCGGCCACUCUCACCACCGGCGCCCGGGGACGCCCGGACGCGGUAGAAUACCGAGAGAAUGAUGAGGCUCUAUCUGCCAUGAUCGCUGAUGACGAAGUUGUGAUCCAGGUACAGGCUUUCGGACUGACGCCGAGGGACUACCUGGUGGCAAGCGGUCAGCUGGAACAGGGCGAUCUCGGUACGCAGUGCUCUGGGAUCAUUCAUCAGGCUGCAGCUCGUUCCGGCUUCAAGCCAGGUGACAGAGUAUGUGCGAUUGGGACAGCAAUGGCAGGGACCUUGAUUCGCACAAAGGCUAGUGCAGUGGUAGCCAUUCCUUCUGAUUUGAGCUUCACAGACGCCGCUGCAUUGCCCACCCCCCUGUGGCUGGCUUUCUACUCAUUGGACCACUCUGCGAAGCUCGACGCAGAUGAUGUUAUCGUGCUGAUCACGGAAGCCUGCACCAACAUAGGACAAAUGGCAGUCCAGCUGGCAACAAACCGGAGUGUGCGUGUACUGGGCACCGCCACUAGUGAGGCCCAGAAGGCUUUUCUAUGUGCAAAUUUCGGUUUGCCAGAGUGCGACGUUUUCCUGUCCAACGACCACUUACUAGCAUCAAAGCUGAAGCAGACCACCGAAGGAAAGGGCCUGGAUGUGAUCGUCGGCCCAUGCAACGCUGAGGCCAAUCCAACUUUGAACCAAUGUCUCGCUCCCUGCGGUCGUAUGGUUGAUAUCAGCUGGGGCCCAGUCAGCCACAGCCAACGAGCCCGCCAAAUGCUGACUCCGAACACUUCGUAUACUUUGCUGGAUAUGGUAGAGCUUCUUAAUCGCAAGCCACAGAGCGCUCACGGCGUCUUCCAAAGGGCUAUGAAGUGGUUUUUCGAAGGACAGAGCAAGCCACCACAGUCCAUUCAUGUUUAUCAGGCUGGAAAGGAGCAAGAGGCAUUGCAGCAAUACCAAGAAGAGGAUAUGAUCGGAGAGCCAGUAAUCAGAUUCGAAAACGCCAUGCCCAUUACGGUGAACUGUUCCUCUAAGUCACGAUAUCUCUUCCCCGAGAAUGCCUCGUACGUUAUCGCAGGAGGGCUUGGAGGCUUGGGCCGCAGUUUUGCCCGGUGGAUGGCCAGCCGGGGCGCGCGCCACUUGAUACUGCUCUCUCGCUCUGGCCCGUCGACUUCCACCACCCAAGCAUUUGUCAAGGAGCUAGAAGAUCUAGGUGUGCAGGUUGUGACACCUAAGGUCGACAUCAGCAAUAUCUCCCAUCUAGAACAGGUACUGAGUCAGCUUUUUGGAACUAUGCCUCCAGUCCGUGGAUGCAUCCAAGCCACGGUGGCCUUAAGGGAUAAUUUGUACGACAACAUGUCUUACGAGGACUGGAGUAUCAGCACGGACUCCAAAGUCACCGGAUCCUGGAACCUGCACCGCGCGCUCCCGCACGACCUCGACUUCUUCAUCCUUCUCUCGUCGUUGAACGGCAUUUUCGGCAGCCGAGCGCAGGCCAACUACGCGGCGGGGAACACCUUCAAGGAUGCGCUGGCUCACCACCGGCUGGCGCAGAAGCAGAAGGCCGUCUCGAUCGACCUCGGGCUGAUGGUCGCCGAGGGGGUGGUCGCCGAGAGCGAGUUCCUGCUAUCGGCCAUGCGCCGGAUCGGGCACCUGAUGGAGAUCGCGCAGGACGAGCUGCUCGCCCUCCUGGACUACUACUGCGACCCGGCGCUCCCGCUUCUCUCCGUCACCGAGGCCCAGGUGAUCGUCGGGAUCGAGCUCCCGGCCGACGUCAUGGCCAAGGGCAUCGACCUGCACCAUUCUAUUCGGCGCCCGCUGUUCUCCCAUCUCUUCCGGAUGGGGUCGCGGACCACGAUCAGGGAGAAUGCUGCUGCUGCAGGUCCGUCGCUCGUGCUCGACCACCCCGCGAUUCUGCGGACGCUUCCAUCGGUCGAGGAAGCAACGGAGCAGAUCGUCCAGUGGGUCACGGCCAAGGUGGGCCAUAUCUUGGGCCUGUCGGCCGCAGAUAUCGACCCCGGGAAGCCCGUUCACACCUACGGCAUCGAUUCCCUUGUUGCGGUGGAUCUGAAGAACUGGUUCGACCGCGAGAUCGGGGCGAGUAUCACUGUGUUUGAUCUGAUGGGGAACACCCCGCUGCGGCGACUGGGGGAGAUGGCGGCCGAGAAGAGUCGUUACCGUGUUUAGAUACGAUAUGGUUGAAUGGAAAUGUCCUCCUUAGCGAGUCAAGUCAAAAGCAUAGGAUCUGAAAAUUGUAUUUGAGCUCGUCUCCCCAGACAAUGAUGUCUGCGUUGCCGGAAAAUAGAGUAGAGUAGAGUGCCCCUCAAGCUUUGUAGCCCUUGGGUGUAUGGAUUCUGCAUCAUUCCGCCUCUCUGCACAAGACACCACACCAUCACUGAAUUCAAACAUGAAAUAUCAUGACUGGAAGUCACUCGGAAGUGCGAAGGUAGGCCAUAGGAUGGAAAAAGCUCCGCGUGAAAUGGCGGCCGAUGCAGGCAGUUUAGGUAGCCA